UCCAGCCUCUCCUCGCGCAGCCGCCGCCAAAGCCUGGAGAAGUGGAAUCUCGCCGGCGCCGCUGCCUGCGCUGGACUCGCGGAGCGGCACUGGGCAUGCUCAGUCGCCGGAGCCCGUCCUGGUCUCAAGUAGGAAGCUCGUGCGCUGCACCCGCAGCUGAUCCGGGCGCUCCGGGGAAGGCGAGACGGAGCAGAGCCGCCGGGCGCCGGUGCCAGGGCGAGCGCGGCGCGCACCGCCGGUCGGAGCUGCUGUGGGUGAGCUGCUGUGGUCCGUGGCCAAGCAUGCUGCUGUGGCCGGAUCUGGCCAGCCGUGGAACAGAAACAUUUGCUGGAUGGAAAAUCCAUAAAAGAAAGCUCCUGUGAAAGCCGGAGACAGACGCUAACUAAGUAAAAUCAGAUAUUUGUGCUGCUUGACCUCACUGAGUGAUUGCUAUUAAUUAACAAGACUUUGUGGGAAAAGGGAAUUUGCCUUCUGAGCUCUGUACCAAAGACCUGGGGAAAAACAAACCAUCUCCGUCUUUCCUGAGUACUUGGAAACCGCCAAGGGCCCUGCUAAUGUCCUGACCGGUCACUAUGGGCAGACGGUACCCGGAGGCUCCCUGUCACCCAGGCAGCUCAUCUGACUCAGGUGUAGACCCUGUGGCUGUGUUUAUGGCCAGCAGCGGAGCCACGGACAUCACGAAUCGCAACAGCCCGGCCACACCACCAAAUACCCUUCAUCUCCGUUCCUCCCACAAUGAACUGUUGAAUGCCGAGAUAAAACACACCGAAACCAAGAACAGCACGCCCCCCAAAUGCAGGAAAAAAUAUGCACUAACUAAUAUCCAGGUGGCGAUGGGCCUCUCCGAUCCGGCCGCACAGCCCCUGCUGGGAAAUGGCUCCGCCAAUAUCAAGCUGGUGAAAAAUGGGGAGAACCAGCUCCGGAAGGCCGCAGAACAAGGACAGCAGGACCCCAACAAAAACGUCAGCCCCACUGCAGUCAUCAACAUAACUUCUGAGAAGUUAGAGGGCAAAGAGCCCCACCCGCGUGAUUCCUCAGGCUGUGAAAUUUUACCCUCGCAACCCAGGAGAACCAAGAGCUUCCUCAAUUACUAUGCAGACCUGGAAACCUCAACCAGAGACCUAGAGCAGAGUGUGGGCAACCAGCACGGGGCUGUGGAAGAGAAGUCGCAGCCGGGCCAGGGCCCGGCCUCCACCAUCAUUGGGAAUGGCGAGGCGCUGCCGCAGAAACCAAACAAGGCCCAGUUCAGCCCUGAAGAUGGUCCGGCGGCCACAGUGUCCUCUAGCCCAGAGACCAAAAAGGAUCAUCCAAAAACGGGGGCCAAGACCGAUUGUGCCCUACACCGGAUCCAGAACCUGGCACCAAGUGAUGAGGAGUCCAGCUGGACAACACUGUCCCAAGACAGUGCCUCCCCCAGUUCCCCGGAUGAAACAGCAGAUAUAUGGAGUGAUCACUCCUUUCAGACCGAUCCAGAUUUGCCGCCCGGCUGGAAGAGAAUCAACGACAUUGCUGGGACCUACUAUUGGCACAUACCAACAGGGACGACUCAGUGGGAACGCCCCGUCUCCAUCCCAGGCGACCGUCACGGUUCUAGGAAAGGGUCACUUAGUUCUGUAACGUCAUCUCCCACCCCAGAGCACGAGAAACAGCCAUGGAGUGAUUUUGCUGUUCUGAAUGGGGGAAAGAUUAAUAGUGACAUUUGGAAGGAUUUGCACGCGGCCACAGUUAACCCGGACCCCAGUUUAAAAGAGUUUGAAGGAGCAACACUCCGCUAUGCAUCUUUGAAACUCAGACAUGCCCCGCAUGCUGAGGAGGAUGAUUCUUGCAGCAUCAAUAGCGACCCAGAAGCCAAGUGUUUCGCCGUACGCUCCCUGGGAUGGGUGGAAAUGGCAGAGGAGGACCUCGCCCCUGGCAAAAGUAGCGUCGCCGUCAACAACUGCAUCAGGCAGCUUUCUUACUGCAAAAACGACAUCCGGGACACAGUCGGCAUCUGGGGAGAGGGGAAAGACAUGUACCUGAUCCUGGAGAACGACACGCUCAGCCUGGUGGACCCCAUGGACCGCUCCGUGCUCCACUCUCAGCCCAUCGCCAGCAUCCGCGUGUGGGGCGUGGGCCGGGACAACGGCCGAGAGAGCUGCCCCUCAGGCCCACGUCUCCAGACCAGACCACAGGCCCGAGCCCCCGGAUUGAGUGUCCACCUGCUUGGUGGGCCCCGCCACCUGGUGGCCCUCAGAGAUUUUGCCUACGUAGCAAGAGACAAAGAUACAAGAAUUUUGAAAUGUCAUGUAUUUCGAUGUGACACACCAGCAAAAGCCAUCGCCACGAGUCUCCACGAAAUCUGUUCCAAGAUUAUGGCCGAACGGAAGAAUGCCAAAGCCCUGGCCUGCAGUUCCUUACAGGAAAGAGCCAAUGUGAACCUCGACGUGCCCUUGCAAGUAGAUUUCCCAACACCAAAGACAGAGCUGGUGCAGAAGUUCCACGUGCAGUACCUGGGCAUGUUACCCGUAGACAAGCCGGUCGGAAUGGAUACCCUGAACAAUGCCAUAGAAAAUCUUAUGACCUCAUCCAACAAGGAGGAUUGGCCGUCGGUGAACAUGAAUGUGGCUGAUGCUACCGUGACCGUCAUCAGUGAAAAGAGUGAAGAGGACGUCCUGGUGGAGUGCCGCGUGCGAUUCCUGUCCUUCAUGGGCGUCGGAAAGGACGUGCAUACGUUUGCCUUCAUCAUGGACACCGGGAACCAGCGCUUCGAGUGCCACGUGUUCUGGUGCGAGCCAAACGCGGGAAACGUGUCAGAGGCGGUGCAGGCUGCCUGCAUGCUACGGUAUCAGAAGUGCUUGGUAGCCAGGCCGCCUUCCCAGAAAGUUCGACCACCUCCUCCGCCAGCAGACUCUGUGACCAGAAGAGUCACAACCAAUGUAAAACGGGGGGUCUUAUCCCUCAUUGACACUUUGAAACAGAAACGCCCUGUCACAGAGACACCAUAGCUGCAUAUGUUAAAGGAUUCUGGAAUAUGUACCUGAAGGUUGAAUAGCUACACUAAAGAAGAUGAACCGAUACCUGGCCUUCCAGUCAGUUGCCGAUGCUUUGUCUUCAGAGAAUUUACCCUUAACCAAACAGUGUUAGACAAGCAUGUUCUUUCGUCUUGCCACCAUCAUGUGAUAUGAAAAGAAGCAUGACUAAUUUUUUUUGCUAUCAGUCAGAUACAUCGCGAGCAGUGGAAGGUCUUUUUCUUACUGUAAAUACCGUGAACGUUACUUAACUUCACAGACACAAAGAAGAAUGUGGCCACACACCCCCCUGGUGAGCUAAUGCUGGGUCCUUGGAGCGAACGACGCCCGAGUUAGUUUCACGGUCUUCUUGACUGGAUCUGUCACGAGCAGUGUUUAAGUCCUACAGCACUUUGCCCUGUUUCCGACAUUGGAGUAGCCGCUGCGUACCAGAUACCAUUGAAUUGCUGUAAAAAUAGGAUGAUGAGUUUUUGUUCUGGUCUUUCACAAAAUCGAACCUUUUGGUUGACAACAUCGGCUGUUGGCAUCAGUACAGAAACCAACUGGCAGCUUUCCUUGACGAGCUCUUUGACACACGGACAUCAUUUCAUGUCUACAGCUGUUUGCGGGAUGUUGGGGGAAAAGUGAAACUUCAGAAUUGAAAAGCAAACCAAAUUGGGGAAAUUAAAAUCGAACAAAAAGUAGCCUUUCUUUCUAGAUGGUUUUUAGACCGAUUAUUAAAAAAAAAAAGAAAGGUGAAAGAAAAUCAUAAUGCAUUUCGGGUGGGACAUAUUUCAAACUUCUGCCUUAUAUUGUACAAUGCAGCUAGAGAAUUAUAGUUCACUACAGCCAUUCUCUACAUAAACAACAGUAAAACGAAAUAUUCCUCAUACGCCUUUCACCCUUAGUUUGAUAAUUAGCCAAUAUGCAAUCUGGAGUUGAGGAAAUGUCAUUUACUUUGGGAUCUCCAGCACCACGUUAUUAUGUUUGGUCAUCCUAGCGAGAUGGUCUGCUAGGACUCUGUAUCCUGCUCAGUCUUACCCUCAUGCUUUUUGCCCAGAAAGCCGUCUGUCCAUCAUGUAUUGUCCAUGGCAACAAAGUACAUUAAAUUGAACCUUUCUGAAUUUCUGUAUUUAAUAUUAGAAUUUGUUGAACUUUACUAGAUCUAUUUUUAAAUUUAUAUUUUUUUCAAGAGUUAGAAAUUUCAUAUCAGAGCAAAAAAUACAUAGCAACAAUGGACUGCUUAACGAGUUUCCCCAAAAUAGCUUUUUCCGGCUUCUUUUUUCUCACCUAUAAAGAUGCACAGAUUUAGACUCUUGUUGACAUUGUUGUCUUAAAAGGAAGUUGCUAAGGAGACCAAUCUAAAUAUUAGUCUUAUUUACUUUUUAAUGUCAAAAUUAACAUUUUAAAACAUCCAGUUAUAAAAACUAACACUUUGUUUAUCCACCGUGAUGUACUUGUUAAAACGGUUUCCACAGUCUUAACCCAUUUGAGCCUUAGGAGGUAGAGAAAGGUACUAAACACAUUUGAGAAAUAAAAAUGUAUAUAUAAAAUAUGAAGAGGCUCAGUCACGUAACCUAAGAUCCCUCAGAAGUUUGUGUGAGAGCCGGGACGAGAACCCGCGCUUCCCCGCUCUGUUGUAAGUCAUGCUGCUUCUGCAUCAUUGAGGAGAGUUCUCUCCCCAGCUACUCUGGGCUUAUCCAGAGUAUAAAUCCAGAGUACAGAAUUCCCUGUAGAAGGAAGGGAGUACAUCCAAGUUCCUCACACAGCGAUCUAAAUCAUAAAACCAUCAUCCUCUCAGUCUGGGCCUCUCUCCCUUCAGUGUGCCUCAAUCAUGUUGUAGAGAACAGGUUCCUACAUGCCGUACAGCCUGUUCAACUUCCGAGAUUUUCCUGAGGUGGUGUUACUUGUGGUAGAGAUAGUCCUAACUGGUGGUACUUCACCACUGGAGAACAUGAUGGCGUCGGAGGCCUCCUGCCUCUGUUCCCUCAGAAUUCUGGAACUGCUCGCUAGGGCUGUAGUGUUAUGACAAAAAAGAUGCCACCCUCGAAAUGAAUCCCACUUCUCACCAGCCUAAUGCUAUCCUAUCUGAAGUAACCAGUGGCAUCAUAAGAAAUUAUUGCCAUAAGAAAGUCCUUACUGUGCCCUCUGAAAAGCUGUUCAAAAUUGAAUCACGAUGAUCUUUCAUCUCGACCUCCACAGGGAAAGGUUUUAGUGUGAUAAAAAUUCUGAAUAAGUCACCCACUUUUAUAUUGGAAACCUCUACCAGAGCCCACUGUUCAUUUUUUAAGGCAUACCUUUGUUUGUCUUCAGGGUCAAGAAUACUGAGCUAGCUUUAAGUAGCAGUCUGCUUGAUAUAUGCAAUCACAGGAUGUGUCAAGAUGAACGAUAGCCUUUACAUAACUGAAAACUUUCCUGCAGAUACUCGGUUCUGAAAAUAGCUUUGGUUCCUAAAUGCAGUUAAUUUUGUGAAAUUCAUUACGUUAACCAGAACAUUCAGACACUUUCUGCCAUGGCCAAAAAGUACGUGUGACGGUGUGCGUGUAUUUCUCCGUGAGAGGGCGCGGUGUCCCCCCCCACCCCCGACGCUGUGGUGACACGGGAGUUAUCUAUGCAUCUUCUGUCGACCUGCGACGCGGUAAACCGGCGGCCGUGUCCGCUAGGCCCCGUCCGUCUUACCAUUGUUUUAACUAACCUGUUAAAUACGGCUUGAAAUAUUUUUAUUUUAUUUAUUCUAUUUUUACUGAAAUAUACUGCAUUAUUGUGUUAAUGUAUUCUCUUUACUGGAUACUCUCUCCCAGCGUAUCCAGGCCUAAGUAAUCUCAGUGAACUCUACAUCGCCUCAAAGGUGGUUUUGUAAUGAUUUGUAGUCACAUUUUUAUUGGAAUAUGUAGAAGAAAUGGCAAAAAUGCUUAAAGGUCCUUUUAUUUUUAAAAAGCAGCUAGAUAGACGCAGACUUGCCAUCUCAUCUCUGUGCUCCUUGGCGGCAUCAAGGGGAACAGCCGACACGCCUGUGGCAAAAACUUUACUUUGCAAAUCGAAAAGCACCGCUUGGUGCUUUGUUUUUAUAUUCUUCACAGCACAUGUGCUCUCGCCUGAAAGACACAUGUCCACAAGCCCUUUGUUUCCACUUGGAUAGAAGAUCACCCCUAGCUACUUAGGACCCUUGUUUUCUGUUUGUGUCUGUCUGAUUGCAUGAAGGGACAUUAGACCCAUUUCCAUUCAAGUAAGUUCUUCGUGAUAAACUGUUGGCACAGCUACUUUUUAAAAAAUCCACUCUGAUUUUAUGACGGAGAUUGGCAAGACAAUUCUACACAAGGUCACUUACUAGAAAGCCCUAAAUCUUUCCUCCUUUUCUUGUAGGACACUCUCGUUUCCUUAAGCAU